AUGUCUCGAGACGUAUCUCUUCAUUGGUUAGAUUAUGCAAUUUUUGGAUUAAGUAUUGGAUUAUCAUUGAGUACGGGUGUUUAUCAUGCAAUUAAAAGUCGUAUAAUUCUUCGAAGAGGUGACCGAACAGCAAAAGAAGAAUAUCUAAUGGGUGGUCGGCAACUUCCUCCACUUCCUGUUGCUCUAUCUCUUCUAACAACUUUUCUCUCUGGAAUUUUGAUGCUUGGAGUUCCGGCUGAAAUGUUCCAAAGAGGUGCUCAAAUCUGGUUGAAUUUCGUGAUUGGAGUGGCCUCAUCGAUUGUCACAUGUUUCGUCUUUUUGCCAGUAUUUCACAAAAUGAAGAGCACAUGUCUUCAUGAGUAUUUCAUUCAUCGAUAUAAUUCAAUUCUCAUCCGUCGUCUCUUCUCUCUCCUCUUCCUUCUAUUCACUAUCGUCUACAUGUCAGUCGUUCUUUAUGCUCCAUCAGUUGCUCUAUCUCCAGUUCUUCAAAUUAACAAAUGGUAUCUUGUUCUGAUCUUUGGAUGCACUACCACAUUGUACACAUGCCUUGGAGGAUUGAAAGCUGUUGUUUGGACUGAUUCAUUGCAGGCAGUAAUAAUGUAUACUGGUGUAUUCACUCUUAUUUAUAAAGGACUCUCUCAUCCAAGAGUUGGAGGAUUGGAACGAGUUAUGAGUAUUGCAUGGGAUAGUGGAAGAAUAAGUGAAUUAGGAAGAAUGGAUUGGAGAAUUGACCAAUAUAACAGUCUUUGGAUCAAUCUUUUCUCUGGAACAAUCGUAUGGUUGGCUUCUUUCGGAGUGAAUCAAUUGGCUAUUCAAAGAUAUGCAAGUCUUCCAAACCUUAAAGUUGCUCAGAGUAUCAUCAUUUACACUCUCGCUCCUUUCACAGUUCUCUGUUCAAUUGUUGCUUUUGUUGGAUUCAUUGCUCUUGCUUACUUCUACAAUUGUAAUCCACUGGAAACUGGAGAAAUCAAACAAAGUGAUCACAUUACAAUCAUCUUCGCAAGAGACAUUCUCCAACCAACUCCUGGCCUUUUCGGACUAUAUGUCUCUUGCAUUAUGUCAGCUACGCUUUCAACACUUUCAAGUGGAAUGAACAGUAUGGCAGCAGCUAUUUAUGAAGAUUUCUUGAAGAAUAAACUGGAUGGAAAGAUAACUGAUACUGGAGCCACGCGACUCAAUAAGCUUAUAGUGCUCAUAUGUGGAUUAACUUCAACUGGACUUGCAUUCCUUGCUGAAGUUCUUGGUGGAAGUCUUCGUAUUUGUAUAUCUGUAAUGGGUGCGAUGUCUGGUCCGAUGGUUGCAAUCUUUGUAUUGGCUCUGUUCUUCCCAAAGAGCGGAUCCAAAUCAUGUCUCAUCUCAUUCUUCUUAUCGAAUCUGUUCUGCCUAAUCAUAUGCAUUGCCAACUAUAUUCAAGAUCCCUAUCAAGACCUUUUCUUGCCAACAAAUACAACUAUGGAAGGUUGUAAUCAGAACUCAAAUUUCACUAUUCGAAUGAUGCCUACUUAUGAUGCUCAUUAUGGAAAUCCUGAUACUUUGUUCAUAUCCCGAAUAUCCACGUAUUCUUAUGCAGGAGUUGGAUUUGUUCUAAUGAUGGUCAUUGGGUAUAUCACUUCUCUUUUCGAGAAAUCUGACCAUAAAGAAGAGAAAAUCAGGCAUCUUACAUUUGCUGGUAGAAAUGAGCCGUGGCCAGAUACUCAUCACGAAUUCGAUCAUUUCUUGAAAGAAAUCAAAUAG